AUGGAGCUUGUUUUCAUUGAACUGUACAGUUUUCAUUUUCGUUCUUCAUGCGACCUACUGAACGAUGGGAUAACAGCUUGAAUUUUUCGAACUAUCCUUGAUCUCAUGUCGCGGUUUUACUGUGGUUGGGACGAGCUGUUGUCUGUUGUUGUUAUGACUCAGUACUUGUAGCAAUUUAAAUGAUACUCGUUAUCGUUUCGACUAAUUGUGUGGUUGAAUAUGGUAUUCCGAAAAGUGAACGUUGAGAAUUGUAGAUUUUGUUGAUUGUGAUACUGAAAUUUGUGUCUUAUUUCAGCUAGUAUGUGCGACUACGAUGGAGGGUAUUAUGAUGGUGGCUAUACCGAAGAUAUAGUCACCCACGACGUGGUGCACCACGAUAUAGUCCAUCAUGACGUUGUCCAUGACUACUACCCCCACCAUGUGGACUACUGCGCUCCUCACAUUGAUGUUUUCACACCCGGUAUAGGAAUAGGAGUGGGGGUUGGUGGUGGUUACGUUGGUCCAGUUAUGACCCCUAUGGCUCCUUAUCCCCAACAAGUUGUGGGUUAUCCAGCGCCUGCACCAGUUGGUGUCAGUUAUAUGCAAACUGCUCCAGCUCCUGUUGUUUACACCAGAGAACCCGAGGUCACCUGUUGUGCCACUUGUACCAUCCUUUGAGGCACCUCUUCCUCUGGAAUGACCUUGUUGAGUAUCUUAAUUGAUUUGGUGGAAAGACUGGACAAUCUCGAAUUUUAAAUUUAAACAUGUGAUUUUUCGAAUAACGAUAUUGUACCUAGCUUUUUCUCUGGAUUUUUGCACUUUAAUAGCCUUUUAAAUUUUUUGGAUAUUUACGGAGGUUUUAAGGAAAUACAAUAUUCGAAUAAAACAUCUAUAUUUUUGCAAUGUAUUUAUAAAUAAUUAUCGUUACAAAUUUAAAAAUAUUUGCUUAUGUGAUAACAAAUUGUUAAUAAAAUGGUGAAAAACCCUGUA